AUGAAGACCAUGUCGAUUUCCGCUCUCGUCCUGGCGACUGCCACCUCCAUCCUCGCUGCACCCAGCCCCAAGGUGUCCGCCCUAGAGCCGCUGCAACUUACAAAUCUCAACGCCGCUAUCCCCAGCACGACCCCUCCACAAACCUGCCUUCUCUCUUUUGCUCUCAAAGACCCAAACACAAACACAGACACCAAAUGCUCUGCUUACUGGUCAAUUGGAAUGCCUGGGAACAAGACGUACAACUGCUCUGACAAGGCAUACCGGCUCCACCUCCCAAAUGGAAUCUAUGAUAUCGAAAAGUUCGAUUUGGGAGUCUCCCGCGCAGACGGCUCUGAGACUGGGCGGGCCACUGUGAGUGGCGACUCGUGGAAAUGCGAGAAGCAGGAGUAUCCUAUGGCGCGAUGCAACUGGGAUGGUAUUUUCAGCCUCGAUGUAGCCCCGUCUACUUGA